AUGCAAAAUCCUGCUGAUUUCAUCACACACUACGGCAGUGUGUACUUUGAUUAUGAUGUAGACACAUCUCUCUUCUCUGUGCCUCAGUUCAGAGGUUGUGAUGAGAUCCUUCAAGCUGGUCAUAAUGUGAGUGGUAUCUACACGAUAUUCCCAGCUGGAUUCAAUGAUGGGCUACAGGUCAACUGUGACAUGAAGAGUGAUGGAGGGGGAUGGAUCGUCAUUCAGAGGCGUCAAGAUGGCAGCGUUGACUUCUACCGCACGCGCAACUGGGCUGACUACCAGGUUGGCUUUGGCAGCUUGUCUGGUGAGUUUUGGCUUGGGAAUGACAACCUACGCAGCCUGACUGAGACUGAAGGUAAGUGGCAACUACGAAUUGACUUAGAGGACUGGGAGAAUAACACGGCCUGGGCUGAAUAUGACGACUUUCAGAUUCAUGGAGACAACUACACACUCCAAGUCAACUCAUACAAUACCCGCAGCACUGCAGGAGACUCGCUCACAUACCACAAUGGAAUGAUGUUUUCAACCAAAGACAGGGACAAUGACAAAGAUUCAAGAGUUUGUGCCAGACUCCAUGUAGCUGCUACAUUCAUGGCCUUGUGCCUUCUUAUUACAAAAAACAAUGCAAGCUAUCACAAUGGAAUGAUGAGAUCAACAAAAGCCACAGACAAUGAAAACAGCCCCAACCUCUGUGCUAGACAACGUAAAGGUACAUGCCGAUUGUUACAAACCUAA